GCACAAAGAAAUCCCGUUUUGGGCUACAGUCCGGAUCUGACGCAUGCGCAACUCAUUAGUUUGGCGUUGCCAUUGAAAGAGGAAAGAUGGAGAACUACAGGCUCGAAAACCGCCUCGGAAAAGGAGCACAAGGACAAGUUUUCCUUGCAAUUGACAAAAGUGACGGCAAGAAAUUUGUGUUGAAAAAGGUUGAGUGUACAGAUGAAACGGAGGCUACAAAAGCAUUCAAGGAGGCUAUGGCCCUCCAGGAGCUCAAGCAUCCAUACAUCUGUGGCUACAAGGAUUUCUUUGUCACAUGGGACAAGGAGGAAGCUGCCAUCAUAGUAUGUAUAGUCAUGGACUACUACAAGAUGGGGGAUCUAGACAGAUUGCUGAAGAAGAAACGUAAAAAGAAUGAAGCAAUCGAAGAGCUGAUCCUGAAGAAAUGGUGUGGACAAAUGAUUGAAGCUCUUGCUUUUGUCCAUCAAAGAAAGGUCAUUCACAGAGAUUUGAAACCAAGCAACAUCUUCUUGACCGAUGACCUCACACUGUCCCUAGGAGACUUUGGUGUGGCGACCAUCAUGGAUGAUGCCAGGACAAAGGCUAGGACCACUGUUGGCUCAAUGAACUGGAUGGCUCCUGAGGUUCUAGAGAAGCCGUACGAUGAGAGAAGUGAUGUCUGGUCGCUAGGGUGUAUCAUCCUCGAGAUGGCUACAUGUGGAUUCUUAGAUACUCAAUCGAUGGGUGAAGUUUUGAUGGGCAUCAAGCAAGAUCCAGCCAGACUGGAAGAGGCUUUAGAACCAGUUGGAAAGACGUAUUCUGCAGAUUUAAGUCAAGUUAUUCGCACCAUGCUGAGAAGGAACUUCCAACAGAGGCCGUCUGCAUUGGAGUUGGUCGAGCUGCCCUACAUCAAGGAAUGUCUAGCAUUGAGCAACUCGGCUCUGACUGGCAAGAAGAAAGAGAAAGAAAAGGCUGCAAAGGAUUGUCCAACAGACAAGGGCAUUCCUGGUGUCAUGGCCUUCAUCACCGAGAAUAAAGAUAACGAGAUCUCCAUCACAAAAGCUUUCAAAUAUCUCAACACCCUUCAAACGCCUCAGAUUGAUGAAGCCGGUAAGAAGCUGAUCAUUAGUAGCAUGAAGAGCAGUGUAUCAGAGGUAGCACUACAGAUUGAAGCCUGCAGACUGCUCCUUACCCUCACAGCAGCCGCUGAUGCUGAAACUGAUGCUGAUGAUUAUCUGUUUUCUGAAGAAGUCAUCCGUGCUGUUAUUCUACCAAUGAAGGCCCACCCAUCAUCCCGAGAUUUCCAGAAUAUAGCAUGCUCCCUUCUUAAGACCAUAGCACUCAGUGAGCAAGCAGCAGGGUCGAUAGGGAAGCUAGGAGGAAUACAAGACAUCCUCUCGGCACUCAGAACACAUCCCUCUGAUGCUCAGGUCUGCGCCAACUGCUGUAGCGCCCUCUCCUAUCUCACUAUCAAUGAUAAGAAUCUUGACAUCAUGAGAGAGGAGAAAGGUGUGGUCGAUCUAAUCAACGCCAUGGAAUCACAUGAAACUGAUUCCUCAGUCAUGGAUUUCACAUGCUCGGCUUUAUGGGGACUAUCACUAGAAGAUGAGAAUGUAGAAAUGAUGGCAGCUCGAGGUCUUGCAAAGGUCCUUCUCAAAGCAAUCACUGAUCACAAACAGCAUGCCGACGUGGUGAAGAACGGCUGCAUGGCCCUAUCAAGCCUGGUCGCCGAGUCGGAGGAGAGUGCGUACCUGGCCCACAACUCUGAGGGUAUCACCAUCGUGGCUGAGGCCUACCACCUCCACAAAGAGAACCCAGACGUGGUGGAAUACGUCUGCUCUUUCUUCAUGGAUCUUGCUGAGACCGAGGAUAUUUUAGAGGAUAUGAAAAGCAUGUCAAAGGUCAAGGACAUCAUCAAAGAAGUAAAGGUCAAAUACGCUUCAAAUGAGGAUAUCAUGGGAAAUGUAGAGAUGGUAGACUCGAUGAUAUCGGGCGGUCAGCCUCCAGCAAACAGACCAAGCUCUGCCAGACCCAAGGGCAAGUAGACCCUAGCCCAUACCAACCCCCGGACAAACUAAAGCUGCCAUUUGAUGUCAUCUACAUGCACAAGAGACCAAACUCCAUUGAUCAAGCAUCUUUCAAUUACUUACUGUUAACCAUUGUAUAGAGAUACAGUUACUUUGAUUGAUUGAUUGAUUCAAAUAUAUUCCAUUUCAUAUCAAUUGUUUGCACAAUAAAGA